AUGGCAGUCGAGGCUCGGCCGGAGCUGGUCGGGAAACGGUUCCUCUGUGUCAGCGGCGACGAGCCGCCAGAAAUCGGCGACACCGGCCGGUGGCCGUGGAGGUCCGGCGUCAUACGAGCCGUUAACCACCGUGACAGCGGAAACCCCGACCUGACGGUUUAUGUAGAGUUUGACGACCAGGAGUGGGAGAAGAGAGAGUGGGUGAAGAUCUAUGAGGAUUUCCAGCUGUUUCUACUGGAGCACCAGCUGGUCUGGGCCAAGAGGAAGGAGGGCGCAGGAGGAGGACUGCUGCAGGGAACCAAGGCCAAACACAUACAGUGGCCUGCCCUGGCGUUUAAGCCAGUGGUGGGGAAGAGCCUGUUGUCAUCGGUAACAGCAGUGGAAUUCUUCUUAGACCGACAGCUGGACUUCCUGUCCGACCAUUCAGCCUUCCAACCGUACCAGGAUGAGGUGGACAGUCCGAACCCAGUGUUAAGAGACAACCAUCAGCUCCAUGAAGAAGUGAGGGGCUGGCUCAAAGACCAGAAGGUGCAGGAAAUUUUUAUGCAAGGUCCCUAUUCAUUGAAUGGCUACCGCGUGCGUGUCUACAGACAAGACUCGGCCACCCAGUGGUUCACUGGCAUCAUCACACACCACGACCUCUUCAGUCGAAACAUGGUCGUUAUGAAUGACCAGGUGCUAGAACCUCAGAACGUUGAUCCGUCUAUGAUCCAGAUGACCUUUCUGGACGACGUGGUCCACUCCCUGCUAAAAGGAGAAAACAUCGGCAUCACUUCCAGACGGAGGUCACGAUCCAGCCAGAACAACAACUCUACCCAUAUGACAGGAGGGAGACCCGGAGGGACCACUGGAAGCACUCAGAGUCAUUACACACGAGCCCAAGCCAACAGCCCCCGCCCCAUCAUGACCUCAUCAGGCCCCAACCCAAAGGGUUCCCAGGGGACGCUGGCCUCUCAGCAGCAGAGCCAAUCCCAACAGAGCCAGCAGCCGGCCAGCCAAUCACACCACUCGCCCGGCGGCAGUGGGAGGGAGCAGAGAGAGCAGCGCAACGCUCGCUCCUCCAGGAGGAAAGGAUCGGAUAGCAGCGUUCCAGAGGAGGACAAGGACCGGAGAGAAGAGACCACAGCGAGAGACUCCAAGUCAAAGGCCAAGCAGGCGGUGAACAAACGCAGGAAGGGCGAGGAGGAUGAGAAGAAGGCAGGUCUAAAGAGGCUGAAGACUGACAUGACCUCUGACCUGUCGGAGAGCAGCGACUCAGAAAACCCCCACAACAAGAGGACCGCCCACUCCUCAUGCUCCUCUUCCUCCUCAUCGUCCUCAUCGUCGUCCUCCUCCUCCUCUUCCUCCUCUUCUGAGCCCAACUCUGAGAAUGAGCUAAAGUCUCGCGGCACUGAUGUGAAACAAAGCGGCGUCUCCAAAAAGGAGGAGGAGGAGGAGGAGGAGCAGCCACCGAUGCAGGCCACCAAGAUGAACGACUCCUCAUCUCUCAUUGGUCGCCUGUCCCCUUGGGCGGAGCUUCAGGAAGCAGAGGACAGCAACAAGGGCGUGGUCAAGGAAACAGGCAAAAUGUCAACCAAGGAGGAAGAGGAAUUGGUGGCUGUGACGCAGAUCACCCAGUCUCCACGGCAACAGAUGCCUCAGAUAUCUGACACGGUCCAGGCCAGCAGUACUGAGAGCAGCAAGAGCACUGUGAAAGCGUCUCCUCGAUCCCAGACGCCAUCGUUGUCCCAUCCUGGCGGCGGCAGCGGCGGCAGUGUGAUCGACAUCACAGAUGAGGCCCAGGCCACGGUGCACCAGGAGAGCUCAGAGGCUGUGUCGGCUCUGCUCGCCUCGCAGAAGGCCGAGUCCACGGCCCUCUCCCCUUACCUCCCCCUCAACCCCUCUCCCGUCUCGUCGCCGCCCGUCCCUCCGUCUCCCUCGCCAUCGGAAGGAGGCCGCAGGACGGAUAUCGAUCCUCCCAUGCAGCAGCAGCAGGGCAUUAUGGGUGCUGGCAUGACAGCAGCCAGGAGCUUAAGCAACAAGAUUGAGUUUGCUCCCUCUGAGGUCAUCAGGCCCAUCACAUCGAUGGUUGAAAAUGUGGUGCUGGUGGAGAAGGAGAAGACUGUCCUUCCUCAUCAUCUUCAUCAUCAUCAUCAUCAUCAACAACAACAACAACAACAACAGCAGCAGCACGCACAACAACAACAGCAACACUACACAUCCAUCCACCCCAGCAUUAAGAGCCCGUCUCUGUCCGAGGAGACGAGAAAACACCCACCGCUGCAAGCACUCCCCCACAAGAUGAACACCCCCCCUGACCUAGCCAGAUCCAGAAUGAGCCCCAACCCAGCUCAGCUCGAUGCCCUGAAACAGAAACCCCAGCACCCCAACAACUCUCAGAGCCACCCCUACCCCAACACAAACCCCGCCGACCUUCUCAAGGCCAAGCCCCACCCGGGCCUGCUGGACAUCUCCAAACCCAAACCGAACACCUCCCCAGAGGUCUCUAAGCAUAAAAUACAGAGGUACUCCGACACCUCCCCACCUCCCAUAGGCCGCUUGUCGGCCAAAGUAGAAAUGGCAGAACCCCCACGGUCCGGUUUCAAGCCGGUACCGGCGCGGUCAGAGUCGGGCGGAGUCAGUAUGAGCAGCAGCACCAAGAGCCCUCUGAUCAUUGAUAAGAACGAGACCUUCACCGUCUACAGGGACCCGGCGCUGGUCCGCUCCGACGCUGAGAACUCUGUCUCUGUCUCCGUGUCCUCCAACCACGUGGCAGCCUAUCUCCAUCCCCACCUGCACACCCUUCACUCCCCCUCCCCCCACUCCCCCUGCCUCACUUCCGUGUCUCACUCCCACCUCCUCGCACCUCCUCACACCUCUGCCCUACCUCACCCGCACCUGCUACCCCCCGGGGUGCUCCCAGCUAUGCCUCCUCCCACAGCGUCCCUCCUCGGGGGCCACCCUCGUCUUGACUCCCCCAGCGGGCUGGGCCACCUCGCCCUGCCUCACCCGUCAGUAGCACACCAGCAGCAGUUCCUACAGGGUCAGGGCCCCCCUCCACCCUCUCUACUCGCCCAAGCUCACGGCGGGGCAGCAGGGCUGGGCCUUUACCCCAUCCUCUGGCAGUACCCAAACGGAACACCGACCUCCUACCCCCCGGGACUCAACCUGCCCCCCACGGCCAAGUGGGUCCACCCUGAAAACACCGUCAGCUUGAAUUCCGAUGCCUCACUCAGGAGGAACACAGCCAGUCCUUGGCUGCACCAGGUAGCUGGUAGCGCUGGUGAUGGUCUUGGUUUGCUGAGCCACGUUCCUGUUCGGCCGGCAAGCGCCGACCCCCACCGGCCCCCUGUCAAGAUCAAUGCACACGCGAGCCCUCCGCUGUCAAAGGCCGGCAUGAACGCUCAUAAAGAAGAUGUGGAUAAGAAAGGCUUUAUGGACCCGAUCAGGACGUUGACACUGGCCCAGCUGAAGCAGGAGCAGACGGACCGGACUCGAACUCCCACAGGGAAAGACGUCCACCUCCACCGCCUCUACCUAGACCCCCACAGCAAGGCUCGCCUGGCAAAUACACAGGAUGCUGUUCAGGCAGCAGACCGGGCUAGUAAAUACAAAGAGGAGAAUCGGCAAAUCCUGAAAGAGAGCAUUGAGGUCGCUCCCUUCACCGCCAAGAUCCAGCGCUCCGGUGACCCCGGGAUGGACCGGGACAGAGAACGGUGCAGAGAUCAAGCCUUCCCCGUCCGGUUAGCGGCUCUCACCUCCCCGAGCCCCAAGGCUAGCCACAUCCAUCCCCACGUCAUCCAAUCAGAAAAGAGCAACUACUUCACCACGCUGUCCAACAGCGUAGUAAAUGAGCCUCCUAGACUCUACCCCUCUAAGGAGCUCAGCUCUUACUACGACAAAGUGUCUGGUGGAGCUCCAGGGGUGGUGGCCAGCGUCGGGGCCGCCGUGCCAAGCCAAGGAGCCCUGUCCCUGGGCAGCUAUAGCUCAAAAUCCUCCCUCUCCAAGCCCCCACCCCUCAUUAAGCACCACCCGGAGGGAGGAGAGGGCUUAGCGGGGAAAAUCACGGAGCAGCUCAGCCAGCAGGUGCCCCUAGUCCAGCAGCAACAUCAGCACCACACGGGUGGUAUGGACAGGAUAGAACGCCGCAGCCCCGCCAUUUCUCCUACCUCCUCUACAUUGUCCUCCACAGUACCCAACCACCAUCAUCAUCACCACCACCACCACCAACAACAACAUCACCAUCAACAUCAACAGCAGCAGCAACAGCAGCAACAGCAGCAACAGCAGCAUCACCAGCUCAGGGCAAUGCCAUCUCUCCACCGAGCGCCUGUCUUUAACCCGCCCACACAGCACGCACUGGAUCGCAAGGAAGCUGCAGAGCGAGAGAUGGAGCGGGAGAGGGAGCGGGAGAGGGAGCGGGAGAGGGAGAGGGAGCGGGAGAAGGAGAGGGAGCGCGAGAGAGAGAGAGCCGGUUACGGCGGACGCCUGUCCCCGCCGACCCUCACGCCCAUCCAGCCGGUAAGCUUGGCGGCAGCCGGUAGCAAAACAUCAGCGGAGCAGCAGAAGCCCCCCACGCUGCUGCCGGAAGGUCUUGGGAGCGCCGCCGCCAUCACCUCCGUGGCCUCGGCCAUCAGUGGGGAGAUCAUGACUUCAUCCGUAGACGCGUGGAGACACGGAGAGAUGAUUCAGGAGAGAGGGGGAAUGUCGAGGGGAAAGCCCCAUUCCGCCAUGGCAUCGGUCAUCGUACGUCCGUCGUCAUCCCUCAAGUACGACAGUCUUGUUGGUGCUAACAAAUCUGGUGCUAUGAUCUCUAAGGAACUCCCCCAGGGGAGGUUCUACCCAGCCAAGCUUCAGGGGGAAGGUCUGAGACUAGGGGAGAGUGUGAGAGAAGCUGUAGCCGGCAGGGUUAUCAUACCCAACUCAAACCUGGACGACAUGUGUGUCCUGUAUAAACAUACUUCUAUGCGUGGCAUGCAGGGAACUAUGGCACCCGGGAUCACAAACUCUGUGUGCAGGACUGCCAUUUCAGCCGCAUCAGCUUUUGGCAUACAGAGUGUCAGUGGGACAGCCAUCCCCGAGCUGGGCUACUCAGUCUCAGCACAUAAAACUGGCAUUUGUGGCCGGGUGCUAAGUCACUCAGGACCAGGAGAGUACCAGGAGGGGUUAGGCUCCCGCACUACAUCUCCAGGGGGGUCCCUGCCUCCCCCUAGUCCAGCAGGGACACCCCAGCCCAGUCCAUGCCUCACCCCGACACCCAGCUGCAUUUCUGGCUCCAGUCAGCCUUACUCCUCCUCCUUUGUCCACCUCAAGAAGCACAAAGCUGCCUUGGCUGCAGCCCAAUCCAGAAGCAACUUCUCCACUGCGCCCACAUCCGUAGCAACAGGAAACUGCUUCCUACCUGUGGAUUCAGUCGACAAAACUCCCAUUCGCAACUCGCCCCAUCCUCCCUCCUCCAGCCAAGCCUCGUCAUCUUUGGUGGACAGCAGUAUCAGCAGCUCCAGUGGGAGCACAACAACAGGGAAGUCCAGUCCCCUGCCCAACGGUCAGACCUCCGGAUCAGCUUCGACAAGCAGCGGUCAGCCCAGUAACUGCCACAAGCUGAAGAAAGCCUGGUUAACCCGGCACUCAGAGGAGGACAGGAACACAACUGCUACUACAAGCUCCACCAGUAUUAAACCAGAGAAACCGCCCAGCACCAGCACCAUCAGCACCAUCACCACCAUCACCACCACCGCCACCAGCACCAGCACAAGUAACACCGCGGCCAUGUCAGAAAUGAUCAAACCCUGCACAGUCAAUCUCAGUGCCUCCACCUCCAGCGAGGUGGAGCUGAGCAAAGACAGCAAAGCGGAGAGAGAGCGGCAGCUGGAGGAGAAGCUGGGAGGAGCAGCCACAGGGGGAGGAGGAGGGGAGGAAAGGAAAGCAGCUCCCUUAUCAAGGAGAGGGAACAAACGGUCAUACGAGUCCGCUUCAGAGAGCGGGGGAGACGACUCCGACGCCAGUGAGAGCAGGAUGGAGGGCCGAGCCAAGCGCCAGCCUAAACCCACCUACAAGAAGAAACAGAAUGACAUGGCCAGGAGGAAGGGAGACAAUGAAAAGGACGAGGAUGACUUGAAGCCCAAUGGCAUCUUCCGAUCAGCCCGAGAGAAGACGAAACUCAAACUAGCCAGCAGCAAUGGGAUCCCCCGCUCCGUCCUGAAGGACUGGAGGAAGGUGAAGAAGCUGAAGCAGACGGGGGAGUCGUUCCUGCAAGACGACUCGUGUGCCGAAAUCGGGCCCAACCUGCAGAAGUGUCGGGAGUGCAGGGUGGUGCGCAGCAAGAAGGGAGAGGAGCCGACGCACUCCCCCGUCUUCUGUCGCUUCUACUAUUUCAGACGGCUGUCCUACAGUAAAAACGGGGUCCUCCGGAUGGAUGGCUUCUCCAAUCCGGACCAGUUCGACGACGAAGCCCUGUCCCUCUGGGUCCCCGGGCUGAUGGAGGAGAGCCAUCUCGACCAAACCACAGCCAAGUACAUCCUCAGCUUCAUCGGAGACAAGUUCUGUCAGAUGGUUGUGACCGAGAACACUGCAGCCACCUGGGUCAAGAAGGAUGCCAAGUUGGCGUGGAAGCGAGCUGUGAGGGGGGUGAGGGAGAUGUGCGACGCCUGCGAGGCGACACUCUUCAACAUCCACUGGGUCUGUCAGAAGUGUGGCUUUGUUGUCUGCCUUGACUGCUACAAGGCCAAGGAGAGAAGGAGCUCCAAAGAUAAAGAACUCUACGGCUGGCUGAAAUGUGUGAAAGGCCAACCCCACGACCACAAACACCUGAUGCCCACACAGAUCAUACCUGGCACAGUGCUGUCAGAGUUGGUGGCUUCCAUGCAUACUCUGAGAGAAAAACACAACAUCAAACCCCACUGUCCCUGCACCAACAAGCAGAACCUCCUCACCAAACUACCGGCCACCAACGGAGUCUCACAGGUUCUGCAGAAUGUCCUGAACCACAGUAACAAACUGUCUCUGGUGAAGGCUGAGCAAGGAUCUCAGCAGAACUCUGACCAAGGAGGAACCAAGGUGGAGACCAACGGGGGAGGCGGUGGGGGAAGCAGUCCGGGCAGCGAUGCGGGAAGUGCUCCCGUCACCCCGCCUGAGUCCCAGUCGCCUCUGCACUUCCUGGCUGACCUGGCAGAGCAGAAAUCCAGGGAGGAGAAGAAAGAAAACAAGUUGGUGCUGCUUGGUAAAUCAGUGAAGGAAGACAAGGUGGGGGACAGCCUGGAGGUCUUGCAGCAGUGUAAAACCACCUCGCUGGUGGCCAACAGUACAGAGCAGGGCUCUACACUCCGAGACCUGCUAACCACCACCGCAGGGAAGCUGAAGCUGGGCUCUACCGACGCAGGAAUUGCCUUCGCGCCAGUCUACUCUACUGCGUCACAGACUGGAAAAGGUGGGAGGACCAUGCCUAAUAUCCUUGAUGACAUCAUUGCAUCUGUGGUUGAGAACAAAAUCCCUGCCAGCCGCCAAAGUAUCACCUCCAAGCUGUCAAUAAAGCACGAGCCCGUCACCCCGGUUAACAACAACACCCCUGCCCCUGCUAUCGCUGAGGACGCCAAACCAGACAGGAAGAAGUUGGUGCACGUUACUGCGGCAGUGCCAGAGGAAUCGACCAAUCAGUAUCCAGAUAUUCCCCACUGCUGGUUAAACAACAGACGGUUACUGUGGCUCAAAGAUCACCGCAACCAGAACAACUGGAAGCUGUUCAGAGAGUGCUGGAGACAAGGACAGCCUGUGUUGGUUUCGGGGAUCCAUAAGCGACUGAACGGCGGCCUGUGGAAAGCUGAAUCCUUCAACCAGGAGUUUGCGGACCAUCAGGGAGACCUCCUCAACUGUAAAGACCAGGUGGUGUCCAACUCCGGGAUCAAGGAGUUCUGGGAUGGAUUUGAGGACAUCACCAAGCGGCCAAAGUCCAAGGAUGGAGAACCGAUGGUCUACAGGCUGAAGGACUGGCCGUCUGGAGAGGAGUUCAUGGCCCUCAUGCCCUCAAGAUAUGAUGACUUGAUGAAGAACCUGCCCCUGCCAGAGUACUCUGAUCCAGAGGGAAACCUCAACCUGGCCUCCCAUCUGCCAUCUUUCUUUGUCCGGCCGGAUCUGGGGCCCCGACUGUGCUGUGCCUACGGUGUAGCUGCAUCUCAGGACCAGGACUUCGGAACCGCCAACCUCCACGUGGAAGUCUCCGAUGUCGUCUCCGUUCUGGUCUACGUAGGAGUGGCCAAAGGCAAUGGGGUCCUGUCCAAAACUGGUGUUCUGAAGCGUCUGGAGGAGGAGGAUCUCGACGAGGGGGUCCGAAGGAGGCUCAAAGACUCCAGUGAGACACCGGGGGCUCUGUGGCACAUCUACCUCAACAAAGACAUGGACAAGGUCCGGGAGUUCCUGCACAAGGAGCAGGGAUCAGACGUGACAGCGGACCAGGACCCGAUCAGAGAGCAGGGCUCCUACCUGAGCAGGAAGCAGCGUCAGCGGCUGCUGGAUGAACACGGAGUCCAGGGCUGGACUGUGGUUCAAUUCCUGGGAGACUCUGUGCUCAUACCAGCAGGGGCCAUGCACCAGGUCCAGAACCUCCACAGCUGUGUCCAGGUCAUCAACGACUUUGUGUCUCCCGAGCACGUGGCCAACUCCUUCCACCUGACCCAGGAGCUCCGUCCCAGCAAAGAGGAGGUCAACUACGAGGAUAAACUACAGGUGAAGAACAUUCUGUACCACUGUGUGAAGGAGGCGGUGAGCGCCCUGAAGAGGAGCGGCUCUGAGGAAGACAACGAGGAGGAGAACUCAUGACACCCCCUGAGCCUCGUCCGCGCCUUCCAGAGAGGGACCCGACUCCCACCGGCACCUCGCUCUCCCCGCGCCCGCCUCCUCGAGCGCAGGGCCGUGUCACGUGACAGGCUGUCGGGUCUGAGCUGGUCACAUGACCCGCUGGGACCUCCCGGCAUGCGAGGCACGCCCGCAUCACAUCACAUCCAGGUGGCCCCCGUCGUCACCCCCAAACCUUCAGUGCCAAGAGGAGACGAACACGAGACCGGAGGGGCCGCCAGACCGACAGGGAUUAAACCUCAGCUACCACACACUCACAGGGAGGACCGAGGGAUUAUGGGAAACAGAGGACAGCACGCAGGUUAGGAAGCCUUAUAAAAAGCCACUAUGCUGGAGUGAUACAGCACUACGAGCCUCCACCGAAACUCUUUAGUGUGACUGUUGGCGUUUCCAUGGAGACUCCUGUCAGAUGCAGUUCACAGGUUGGACCCUCCGCGGAGGUUUAAUCCCUGUCUGUAGCAGCAGCCGACGCGACGUCGCAGAGAGAAGAUGUCGCUGAUUAAGACAGCAUCACCAGCAGCAAGCAGCAUCAGGAUCCAAACUGUCAUCUCUGCUGUUUAAAAAAAAAAAAAAAAAAAAUCCAGAACAAAAAAGAUUUUGGGGAGGGAAAAAAUAAAAAAUGCAACGCGUAAAUCUCAGAUGUUUCGGGCGGCGAGCUUUGCUGCUCCCUCGUUUGUUGUUCCGUCUGUAAUCUGUCUGUCCUUGUCCUUUUUUCUUCUAGUUCUAUCUGUCCGUCGCUGUUUUUGUUCUUCAUUUUCUUUUUCACACAAACAUUGUUUUAUUUUCCUCUGUGAAGAUGUAUUUAUUUUAUAGCUGUAUGAUACGCAAUGUUAUUGAGACAAAAAAGCAUUCAUGUAAAUGUGACUUGUACAGUUUUUUUGUGUUUUUUCUUUAGUAUGUGGUUUUCAGUUGUAAUACGGCUCUACUGUGAUGGAGGACACACACACACACACACACACACACACACACACACACACACACACACACACACACCAGCUAAUGCCUGUAACUUUGGGAAACAUUGAUGCUCUACAGUCCUCAUGCCAUAAAUACAUUUUUUUUUUUCAAAUGAACUGCCAAACUAUUGUAAAGACUGUGUAAAGUUGUAUUAUGUAAAGACAGAACAAAAAUGGCUUAUAUACACUUCAGCAUUUUAUGGAAAAAAAAAUAUUUGCUGUAAAAAACAUUUACAGAAAAGAUGUAAUUUAUUUAAGGAAAGAAUGAAUUGUCCUGUUUUUUUGUUCAGUUAAGAUUUACUAUGGUGAAGUUUUGAAGUUAAAAGAUAAAUGAAAAUGUUUACUAUAAUGUGUAAAUAUAUACAUAUAUAUACAUUCACUGAGGUAUUUUUUUAAAACAUGGCUUGCUUCAAUUUCAAAUUUUAAAGUGCAAGUGUUACAUGCUUUGUACAUUGAAGUUCAAAAGGGUUUUACAUUUUCCAUUAAAAUGGA